AUGGUAGCUUUUAAUAACAAGGACUCUCCUAGAAUUAUUCUGAAAUCGCUCGUUAAUCAGAACGGCCAUAUAAACAAUGGUUUCAGUACAGAUGUUCCUACAGUAUCUCAAAUAGAGAACGGUCUGAUCACAAAAGACGAAGACCUGCCGGGUGAGGAAACUCAAGUGUAUAAAAGAAGGUGGUAUAUUCUCUUUGUGUACUGCUUGCUGACGCUGACACAGGCAAUGCUCUGGAACACGUGGGGCCCUAUAGCAGCCUCAAGCCACAAGGCUUUUGGAUGGAGUGAUGGAGAUACUGCGCUUCUUACAGAUCUAGGACCUAUAGCGUUUUUACUGGUUGUAUUUUUAUUCUCAUGGAUUGUUGAUGAAAAAGGGUUACGAUGGGCCUGUGUGCUGACGGCUCUAGUCAUGAUGCUAGGAGCUGGUGUUAGAUGCAUCACGGACAAGUCCCCGUAUGUGAAGAUCACAGCUGGGAUAGGUCAGUUCCUGAACGGUAUCGGUACUCCUGUUAGUAUGGGCGUGCCCCCUGUUCUGUCAGCAGCAUGGUUUCCAGCCAAUCAGAGAACACUUUCAACCGCCAUAGCAACAGUCGCCAACAUGGCAGGGAUCGGUCUAUCCUUUGUAAUAGGUCCAUUCAUGGUUCCGGACGAAAACAAUGUAACGAGAAAUAUAGAGAACAAUACCUUUAAAGCAGCAGAGGUCGUCUUGAGAAACACCACUAGUUUAAAUGAAGAAACAGGUCUGAAAAAGAGAAGGCAAAUUAUGAAUCUUUUAUAUACAGAAUGCGGUUGGACUGUUGGUAUAUUCUUAUUGUUAUUAAUAUAUUUCCCUGCCAAACCCUAUAAACCUCCUAGCUUAUCCGCAUCCACAGACAGGUUGAACUUCGUGAAAGGAUGCAAACAGCUGCUUCGGAAUGGUGUAUUCUGGGUAAUCGCCUGCUCCUAUGGUAUCUCAGUCGGUGUAUUGGGAGCCUGGCCGGGGGUGUUGGAGAUUGUCCUCAAGCCUCACGACAUCUCAGAGAACGAGGCUGGUCUAAUCGGCAUGUACUCCGUCGUGGCUGGGAUACUUCUUUCCCUUGUCGUUGCCAAGUGUUCGGAUGUGUUUUCUAAAAGGAAGAAAACGAUCUUACUUGCCUUGUACAUGACUAGUGGUGCGUUUGCACUGUGGAUGAACCUCCUGCUCGCGCGGGCGAUACCCGACUCCUACGUUUCAAUUCACAUAUCCUGUGUGGUCGGGGCCGCUAGCCUUACUGCUACAACACCCGUGUACUUUGAGAUGGCCUGCGAGACAACCUACCCUGUGGCAGAGGGAAUCACCAAUUUCGUUCUCACUCUCGUCAACAAUGUCGUCAGUGUGGCGUUCUUAGCCGUCCAGACUAUUCCCAGUGUUGGUACAUCUUGGGAAGGAUGGAGUCUCUUUGGUGCGGUCAUCAUGUGUUUACCAGGCUUAAUAUUUUUGAAAGAACGAACAAAUCGGCUUAAUGUGGAUGAAAAAGAAAAUUGUAAUGCUCAAUGA